UCGCCUCCUUUACCGCCCCGGCUCCAACGGCCCGGUUCUUUUUUCAAGAUAGCCCCACCUUAGCUUGGACGAUUUUCCAAAAUCCCUAUCUCUCCUGUGGUCCUUUCGGUCCUCCUUUGCGUGUGUCUUUCUUUUUUGUAGAUGACUCGACCUCUCGACCUUGGUCUACAUGACGCCCAAUUCCCCAGAUGAAGCUCUUCACUUCCGAGGCAAAACCCUGACUCCCGAAAGCCCUCGCCCGCUGCACGUCGCGGAGCCGGCCAAAAUCCCGGUGCUCCAAAACCAAAUGGAUCCUGUCUUCAACGACACUUCGACUUAUGAAAAGUCCUCCGAGUAUUUCCAUGGACCCAACUCCCAGGUGCAUCAUAAUGGAUCAAAUUUCCUCUCUUCCCAAGGCUCCUAUGUUGGGUUGGAAGCAAUGAGGGGAAACGCGACCGGCUCCGCGCAACAAGCAUUGGAGCAACCGCCGCCACACUAUACGCAUCAUACACAAGAUGCCGCUGCCCUCCUAGCUCACCCUAUGCCCGAUGCCCCUACCUCUUCUCCCCAUGCCGCCCCCGGUUACCCCGGUGCGAACGAGGUAAACGCUGCUAUUACCAGCUGGACGACCUCGUUCCCCCCAUCCGAUCGCCUAGUCUCCCAGAACAAACCCGCUGAUAACGCCGGUGAGGAUGGUGUCGAUUUCCAGAACCUCCUCGAUAAUCUCCCCCCUUCCUCUACCGCUCCCUCUGCCCCCACUGUUGCGGAAACAGCGCCUUCCACGGCCGAUGCUUCUGUGCUCCCUCAAGCCGGAACAGACGACCUGGGGCUUCCGCCACGCCCUCCGCCCCAAGACAAGCCAUCCAUUCAUCCCAACUACAAUGCCAGUGAUGACAUCCGCUCCUACCACCAGCUUCCCCCUAAUUCUUCCACCGCACAGCCCUCCUCCCCUUCCUAUCCCGCCCAACAAAGUAAUAAUUACCAGUCCAAUCUGGGAGUAUCGUCAUUGGCAGCAGCCGGCGCCCCGGGGACCUCCUCGGGAGUCAGCGCGCUGCCCCCGCCCCCGGUGGCGAGCUUCCAGCAUGCAGAGCCUCAGGAGCCUGCUCCUGCUGGCACCACCGCUACCACUGCUGGUGCCACCGUCACCGCUCCAGCAACAGCCACUAAGAAUGGCCGCACGGAGCGGCUAAGUGCGCGGCAGUCCAAAAGCGCCGAUGAAGAUACUCCCUGGGGCCCCGAAGUGCAAAAGAAAUACGACGAGUUUCUCCAUGAUGAGAGGAUAUAUGUUACAGAAGGCCUUUGGGAUCGCUUCCCACCUGGCUCUAGGUUGUUCGUUGGCAAUUUACCUACGGAACGAGUCACGAAACGGGACCUAUUUCACAUUUUCCACAGAUUCGGCAAGUUAGCCCAGAUCUCGAUUAAGCAGGCCUACGGAUUCAUACAGUUCCUCGAUUCUUCCGCCUGCAAAAAGGCAUUGGACUCUGAGCAAGGAGCCGUCGUUAGGGGGCGGAAAGUCCACCUUGAGAUUUCAAAGCCACAAAGAAACACCAGGCCAGGGACGGCUUCGGGAGAACAGCCCCGUGCGCCUCCGUCCAGACGAUCAAGAUCCCCCGAUUACAGUCGAGGCGGUUCAUCUAGCAAUCGUAACGCACGAGCUCCAGCAGAGCGUUAUGACCGACCAUACGAAUCAGGUAGAGUGCCAUUCAGCGACUUCAGGGACGAGCCAACCCAUCGGAGGCGCGAUGACUAUCGGCCUCCUCGGUCACCAUCACCGCGUGCUUUUCGCGGCAGAGAUGGGUAUCGAUCUCGGGAUCGGACGCCCGAGCGAUAUGACCGGCGAGAAAGGCGGCGUUCUCGAUCGCCGUAUGCUAGAGAUAGGAGAUACCGCAGCCCAAGCCCGCGGGCCCGUGGGGUCUAUGAAACAGAGACAGACAUACCGGUUCCUCGACGAGCUCCAAGAGAUGUCCCAGAAGUGCAGCUUCUAGUUCUCGAGGAAGUCGAUCGCAACUUCUUGUUCCACGUUGAAAACUCGUUCCGCAAUCGUGGGCUCCGAGUUGACAUCCUUGUGCUCGGACCAAGGAUCCCGCUCAAUGCUGCUGUUCAACGCCAAAUUCAGGAGGGGGUCCUUGCCAUUGUAAGACUAUCGCGACCCAGCCAGUUCUCGCGGAAGAUUCCGUUGCAGGUAUUCGAUCGGAGUGGAGGUCUGGACAACGUUCGGUCAAAUGAAUAUCCUGAUGUCGAGCCCAGCAUCGCCGCUGAGAUCGUGUUCCAUGCACAAUCCGUACAUCGCGGCGGGCCUCAUCCAUUCACACCAAACCCGGCGUUUGGUGUUCCACCUCUGCCCGCUCCAGCUGCAUCGGUCCCUCAGGCUCCUUUGCCUACCAUGCCAAAUCAGCCGAACAUUGCCAAUUUGAUAACCUCUCUCGACGGGCCCACACUUCAAUCGCUUCUUGGAGUAUUACAACAGCAGCAGCAGCAGCAACGCCCGCCAACUGUUCCUAGCGCGCAGCAGGCGUUUCCCCCUGCUGCUGCCGCCGCCGCCACUGCCACUCACACCACCGCAGACCUUGCCAGCUUGCUGAACGCUGCGACCCGACAGCCCAUUCCGGCAAAUCCGCAGCAGCCACUGGCCCCGCAGCCCUUCCCUUUACAGACGCCCAAUGCUCCAGUGGUCUCAGACCCUAAUCUGAUCUCAUUGCUUGCAAAAGGCCUAGGGGGCCAGCAGCCGCAGAACCAGGCUGCUGUUGGGCCUCAGGUACAGAAUAUCAUGCAUCAGCUAGGCAAAUGGAAGCAAUGAUGCGUGCGUUCGGCUGAGAUCGCUUUCCUUUCCUUGCUAUUUUUUCCCCUUUCGCUUCUCUGACCCGCGUUCUUUGGUGGCAUCUCAGGAACUCGGGCGUUGAUUGAUUGUUCUGUUGAGAAACGGAUAUGGGAAUUUAUCUGUGAAUAUAUUAUCAUGGCUCGGUUGUUGGGUUUUCUUUCUUUCGCAUCGGUUGAAUCAGCGAGCAACUGCUACAGGAGUGCAUCGGUUGAGUAUUCUUCGGAAAAUUGGUCGGGCAUUAGGGAGGGCGUGGUGUAUUA